AUGUGCGAAAUAAUCAACUAUGCACCAAGUGGGGCUAGCAAGACAGGACAGGACAUGGAUAGGACAAGUGCACGGGAAAAUAUCAGGUCCGCUGCGGCCGAAAUGUCGGGUCCGCUAGUCAAAGUGUCGGGUCCGCUGUCAAAGUGUCAGAUUGAGUGGGAAGUGAUUAUCAUGCAACAGGCAUUUGACAUGAAUCGUGAAUCAGCGGAAUACGAGCAUAGUGUGAGCUCAAGUGCUACACCAGUGGUAACUCGUAAUUUCUUGCCUCAUCCUUCUACAAUCAUGCCCAGCCCCAAGAAGUCUAGAGGCAAGAGAAAGGGUCAAGAUUUUGAUAAUGGACCUCCAGCUGGACGAGUCAAGAACACACAGACUCCACGCACUGGCAGUGUAGAAGCUACUAACAGUCGUCCCACUCUUCCAGAUGAACUCAGUGGUCCUCGAUGCUCUGGUCGUCCAAAUGCGGGGACAGGUGGACGAAACGCACAGCUAGAAAAACUUGAAACAGUUUUUGAAAGCUUGUCUCGCAAACGGUCCUUGAAAGGCUCUACAUCCUUCAACCCUGAUAUUCCGAGGAACCCACAGGCUCCUGAACCUCGCAAGGCCUGCAAAUCUAAAAAGAAUAUUGCUCCUCCUCCAUAUCCCACAGCUGAAAUGAAUUCCAUGGAUGUAUCUGAGUCACAACGUGAUGUGUUGCAGCCUCCGUCAAUCAUGACACCUGGUACCAAACUAAAUUUGCAGCCUCUGGAUAACCCGUAUGCAACUGCCAUGGUGGCACUCCCCCGCAGCACAGCACCAUUACCUGUCAUGAGUGCACAGUUGGAGCCAGGGUUUUCGAAUGCAUCACAGCGUACCUAUCAGUCUGCUGCACUCACAACAUUUCCAGAGCAUUCCAUCGAUCCAGCACUACGGACUCAGGCGUCAUCAAUUGGUGCAAACUCGGAGGACAGUGGGAGUGAUGAGAGUUCAGCAUGCGAUGACACUGAAGAGGAGGAUGAAGGUGUUGAUAGAGAUGCUGACAUCGGUAACUGGGGAGCACCUCAGCACAGCCAAAGUGGAAUGUUCAAUAUUCGCACAACUGCGAAGGAGUAUGAACCGAUCUACAAAGAAAUGAUGGAGAUGAUCCAGAUCAUUUUGAUGGAUGAAUACCACGGCCCAAAGUUGAUCAAACAGCUUGAAGAGUGGGCUGCAUAUGGCUGGUGA